AUGGGAAGCUUCAUCCUUUCAUGUCUCAUUUAGCUUAUAUUUGGCACUCUUUACCCUGCAUAUUAUUCUUACAAAGCCGUGAAAUCAAAGGACAUCAAAGAAUAUGUCAAAUGGAUGAUGUACUGGAUCAUAUUCGCGCUCUUCACGACAGCAGAGACGUUCACGGAUAUCUUUCUUUGCUGGUUUCCAUUCUACUAUGAGCUCAAAAUAGCUUUUGUAGCUUGGCUGCUGUCUCCAUACACAAAAGGCUCCAGCCUCCUGUACAGGAAAUUCGUUCAUCCAACGCUGUCUUCAAAAGAAAAGGAGAUCGAUGACUGCCUCGUCCAGGCAAAAGACCGGAGCUACGAUGCCCUUGUACACUUUGGGAAGCGGGGGCUGAACGUCGCAGCCACAGCAGCUGUCAUGGCAGCUUCAAAGGGACAGGGAGCCCUGUCUGAGAGACUAAGGAGCUUUAGCAUGCAGGAUCUGUCAACGAUUCGUGGAGACAGCAGCAACACUGUUCCUCCUUCGGUCACUGUACGAACAAGUAGCAAACAGAGCCAGCCAAAAACAUCCAGAAGUGCAUCGGAAGGCACUGGCAGCUCAGUGUGCACGUGUUGCUCGGUAUGUCGACUCCUCAGAGGGAAAAGAAGCUGAUCACCAUCGUAUAAUAAAUACCUGCUCUCUUGCUCUUAUUAAGUGAUCUGCAAACCUCCUUAUGUGAAUUACUCCCCGGAAAGGCUUAGCUCUGGAGUGACUUUAUCUUCUAUUACAAUAAUAUAAUACCUU